AUGAGGGAGUACGGCACAAACAUUGUGGCCGGCGUUACGCCGGGCAAGGGGGGCCAGACCUUUGAGGGGAUUCCGAUAUACGACAACGCCAGGGACGCCGUCGAGGCCACCGGGGCCCAGAUAUCUGCCGUGUUUGUGCCGGCGAGGCUGUUUCUUGAUGCGGCCAGGGACGCGCUGAACGCGGGAAUCAAGCUCCUGGUUGCAAUUCCAGAGCAUGUCCCGAUAAGGGACUCCUUGGAGGUGCUGGAGAUGGCAAAGAGGCACGAUGCCAUAGUCGUCGGCCCCAACACCCCCGGCGUGAUCAUCCCCGGGGUGAUCAAGAUCGGGAUCAUGCCCGCCGAACCGUUCAAGGCAGGCGACAUUGCGGUCAUAUCAAAGAGCGGGACGCUACUAUACGAGAUCUCACACAGCCUGACGCAAUCGGGAUUUGGCCAGAUGAUCACCCUGGGGGUGGGCGGGGAUCCGGUCAACGGCACAAGGCUGCUUGACGCCUUUGCCAUGGUAAGGGACAUGCCUGACCUGCGGGGAGUGGUCAUAGUGGGAGAGAUAGGCGGAGAUGCCGAGGAGCUGCUUGCCCAGGAGAUCAUCGACACGGGAUUCAAAAAGCCAGUGGUGGCAUACAUUGUGGGAAGGGCGGCGCCCAAGGAGAAGAGGAUGGGACACGCCGGCGCCAUCGUGUACGGAAACUACGGCUCUGCCGAGUCCAAGGUCUCGAUGUUUGGCAAGGCAGGCGUUCCUGUGGCAAAAAGGCCGAUGGAGGUACCGGACCUGCUGGCAAAGAGGCUGGAAUUGCCCAUAACUGAUCCAUUAAAGAGGCAGAUUGCCCAAAAGGCGCUGCUGCACCUCAAGAUAUGCUUCCACUGCGGGGCAAGAAACGACAUCAACGCCACAAGGUGCCGCAAGUGUCACAGCAACUACCUGCGGCUCAAAAACAGAAACAUGGGCAUAAAAAAGUAG